AUGGAUUCUAGGACUAUCUACCAAUACGUCCAAAGGCGAUACGGCUCUGUCGCUCGAGCCGAGAAUCCUCAAUACAGUUGUGCCAUUGCCAAAGCGUUUGGUUACUCAGAGGAAGAGAUCAACAGUGUACCUAGGGAUGCUAACCUGGGGCUGAGCUGCGGGAAUCCACUUGCAAUUGCAAGCCUCCGCCCCGGCGAAACGGUCGUAGAUUUGGGCAGUGGUGCGGGUUUCGAUGUUUUUCUCGCAGCAAAAGGGCUUGGAGCAAAUGGGCACGCCAUUGGUGUUGACAUCAAUAAGGAUAUGCUUGCCCGGGCCCGCGAGAACCUAGCAAAAUCGCCAGAAGCAGGGAACAUUACGUUUAUCGAGGCAAAUAUUACAUCUAUCCCGCUCGAUAAUAGUGUUGCCGACUGCAUCAUUUCCAAUUGUGUCAUUAACCUCGUGCCUGAAGCCGAUAAGCCAGCUGCAUUUGUCGAGAUGGCUCGCAUUCUCAAACCCGGCGGCAGGGUCGCAAUUUCGGAUAUCUUGGCGCGGAAGACGCUACCCCCCUCGCUGAAGGAGGAUGUUACUCUAUAUGCAGGGUGCAUCGCCGGAGCCGCCACAACCGAAGGGUAUAAGCAAUUUCUAAAAGAUGCAGGUUUUUCAGAUAUCUUGAUCGUUGACACAGAAAGUGACCUGAACAUUUACGUGAACACGGCGAAUCUCUUACAGGGGAGCAAUGAAAAUGCUGCUGGUUGUUGUAGACAACCAACUGAAGCAGUCGAUUCCCCUACAGGGGAAAAGGCAAUAGGAAAAGGAAACGUAUCUUGUUGCUCACAGGUAAAGAUGGAAAGACAGCCUUGUUAUGAUGCUGCUGUCGGUGGAGCGGCCCUGCUCUGGGAGAGCAAUACCGAUGCACCAUCGAAGACAAACCUAGUGAGCCAAGAUCUCGAAACCACUGAUUCGAGACUUAAUGGUAUUGAUCUCAAUGAAUGGGUUGGUGACGAGGAAUGUCCUCUUGCUGCUUAUCAGGGAAUUUGCUGCCGGAUAGAUGAGGUGCUAGGUUCGGGUGGCGGCAAAAAGUUCUUAGUUCAUCCAAAAUUGAGGGAGAUAAACGAGUGUCACAGGUAA